AUUUAAAAAUAUAUCCCGUGUCAAAUUGUCAACAUAUUGUCAAUGUCAAUUGUCAAUAUCAAUAAAAAAAUUACAACAAAAGGUAAAAUACAAAAUAUACAAUGGCAGACAAACCAAAUGACAUCAAAGAAAAACCAGGCGAUGGUCUUCGCUCAAUGAGAUCUACAACUGCGUUUCGUGUUAUUAACUUUGAACUUUAUGCAAAGCCGAAUAUUGUUAUCAUGAGCAUAGGUGCCACAUGUUUUGCAUUGGCCUUGGGAUAUAUUGCUUAUAUGAGACAAAAAUAUGAAUCCAUGGGAUACUAUGCAGCUGUUGACGCAGAUGGAAAAGAAAUAUUUGAAAAGAAAAAGUCUAAAUGGGACUGAAAGUGAAAAAUAUAUUAUUUAAUUGAGAUAUAGGUAGUUAUUAUGCUUAGUAUAUAAUAAUAUUAAAACUGUUAGUGGUA